AUGGUUUCAUUAUUUGCUAAUGCAUUUUGGAAGUUUAGACCAGUCAUUAUUUUAAAAUCCGUCACAAACAUCUUCAAAAGCGAAAUUCCACUAUUUUCAAGUUUUUCGAUACAUAGUGGAGUAUUUACAUGGGAUCACAAAUGGAUUUUUAUAAUAAGUUAUUUUAGAAUUCAUCGCACCAAUGCAAUCGCUUCAAUAGCAUUAUUAAAGGUUAUAUUUAAAGAACCUAGUGGUAAAACGAUUAAACCCGAAGUAUUAUUUGAAACUUCCGGAUUCUUUAAGAAUGAGAGCAUAGAAGAAAAAGAAGAGACGGAGAAUAAAAGACAAGCUAGGAUGAAACUCGUUGAACAAAUAUUCCCAAAUGAGUUAAUUGAUGAAACUUUUGCAAGAGAUUUCUUGAAUGAUUUAAAGGCAAAGAGCAAUAAUAAUGUACCAGCAAAAUUAUAA